AUAAAAUACUCCUCAGAAAUCCGACGAAAUUCAUCGCAGAAAAAAAGAGUCGGGAAAGCUAAUAUCAGUACUAACUCCAAUAUAUAUAUAUAUUCAUUUCCUAAUCGAUGAUCGAUGACUGGAUCAAAGUUAGUCUCAUACCACCAUCGUGAUGUCCCAACCUAUUGCUCUGUUUUCAGUCUAUGACAAGACUAAUCUCCUCGAUCUUGCACAGGGACUUCAUAGUGCUGGAGUCCGUCUCCUUGGUUCGGGAGGUACCGCGAAGACAAUCAGGGAGGCUGGAACACCCAUCGAGGAUGUUUUUGAUAUUACCAAGGCACCUGAGAUCCUCGGAGGUAGGGUGAAGACGCUUCAUCCUGCCGUUCAUGGCGAUGCUGUCGAAGACAUCGACAUCGGUGGUGUCACCUUACUUCGCGCAGCCGCCAAGAACCACGAGCGUGUCUCCGUCCUCUCGGAUCCUACUGACUACCGCGCGUUCCUGGAGGCGUUCCAGCAGGGCCAGGGCGAUGUCGGGCAGACGCUCCGCAACAGGCUCGCUCUGAAGGCGUUUGAGAUGACUGCAAAGUAUGAUGACGCGAUUAGCGGGUAUUUCCGCGAGCAGUAUGCAUCGACGCCCGAGAGCGGACCAGUCCAGCGCAUGGUGCUUAGGUACGGCGCUAACCCUCACCAAAAACCAGCGCAGACUUUCGUGGCUGAGGGCGAAUUGCCAUUCAAAGUUCUCAGCGGGUCCCCAGGCUACAUCAAUUUAUUAGAUGCCCUUAAUUCUUAUGCGCUCGUAAAGGAGCUUCAAGAAGCAUUAAACCUCCCUGCUGCCGCUUCCUUCAAACAUGUCUCUCCUGCUGGUGCAGCUGUAGGUUUGGAACUUGACGAAACUGAGAAGCACGUGUACGGCGUUGAAGAUCUCAAAGAGCCCCUGACGCCUUUAGCAUGCGCAUACGCUCGCGCUCGAGGUGCCGACCGCAUGUCGUCAUUUGGAGACUUCAUUGCACUCUCUGCGCCAUGUGACCUUGCCACAGCACGCAUCAUCUCCAGGGAAGUAUCCGAUGGCAUCAUUGCGCCAGGCUACAGCCCCGAAGCACUGGAAGUUCUCAAAAAGAAAAAGGCAGGAAAGUACUGUGUCCUGGAGAUGGACCCGUCAUACAAGCCCUCAGAUAUCGAGACGCGCCAAGUAUACGGUGUCAGCCUCCAGCAGCGCCGAAAUGACAUCAAAAUCGAUGCCAAGCUCUUCGAAAAUCUCGUCACCAAGAACAAAGAUGUCCCAACGCAAGCGCUGACAGACCUCAUCGUUGCGACCCUCGCGGUCAAGUACACGCAGUCUAACAGCGUCUCGUACGCCAAGAACGGUGCUAUCAUCGGCCUGGGCGCCGGACAGCAGUCGCGCAUCCACUGCACGCGGCUCGCAGGAUCCAAAGCGGACAACUGGUGGUUACGACACCACCCGCGUGUCCUCGCGCUCCCAUUCAAAAAGGGUGUUAAGCGCGCAGAGAAAGCGAACGCGAUCGACCUCUUUGUGAGCGGAGAGGUACUCGAGGGCGGCGAGCGUGCCCAGUGGGAGGGACAAUUUGAGGAGGUGCCCGCGCCGCUCAGCGAGUUGGAGAAGAAGGAGUGGGCGGUGAAGUUGGAUGGGGUUGCGUGUUCGAGUGACGCAUUUUUCCCAUUUGCGGAUAAUGUGCACCGAGCUAGGAAGAGCGGAGUAAGGUACCUCGCUGCGCCUAGCGGAAGUGUGAUGGACGAGGAGUGCAUCAAGGCCGCGGAUGAGCAUGAGAUGGUGUUUGCACACACCUCACUCAGGCUCUUUCACCACUGAGGAUGAGGGCUUCCGUAAAAAAUGUAACAACGGUAAAAUGUGCUUGUAUAUCAUUAUCAUUGUAUUUGAGGUCGAAUUGUACCUCCUGCAACGCCACGAACAUGCAGCUCACAGGUGCUCCAGGAGGAACUCUACGCU